AUGGUCCGGAACAAAAAGCUGUCAUUUCUGAGCGUACCGGCAGCAAGCUCCCCACGCAAGCAGAAGGGCAUGCUGGACGAAUUUAUGUCUUCGCAGCCCGAGCCCCGGACCGCCCGUGCUGCAGACAAGAUGGCGCCGGGCUCCCUGAGCACGGGAAGUGCAGGGACCAGCGCGGAGGGGGAGAACAGGGCGGACGCACUUACUUUAAUCUGCCAGGAACUGGCUGCAAUCUCGGACCCCAUGCUGUCCAAGGCUUACACCGGGGGCCUCAGACAGGAGCUCAGAGCGGCAGUGAGGGAGGAGCUGGCGGCCUUGCGCGCUGAUCUGACCACGGUGGAGGUACGUGUGGAUGCCCUAGAAACUGAAGCGCAGGCCUGCUAAACGCAGCACAGAGCCGCAGAGCUGGCCACCACACGCCAGGGCAACCUCCUCCUCACGCUACGCCGCCAGGUAGAAGACCUAGAAAAUCGCAGCCGCAACAUCCGAAUCCGGGGCCUACCGGAGCCGGACUCCGCACCGCUCGCGGACACUGUCUGGGCUCUCUUUGCGUAG